UUUGUUAAAUACGAUGCUCAUUUAUUUAUAUUUGUAAAACACAAUACAUAUAUUUGUAACUCCUCAGCGUUUUCACAUCACUUUGUUUGUUUGCGAGUCUAGUUUUCCUUUGCAAAGCAGAUCGUGUUUGUUUGCAAAAUGCUGGAUUUGUUUGUUUAAUUUUGGCACAAUAUUAACAUUAACGAUGAUGGAGAGCAGAUCAUUCAGAAGAAAUGUGAUGCAAACAAUGGACAAUAUAUCAAUAUUUCAUGGAUUUAACGCUUUUAUGGACAAAAAGUAGGCCUGCUGUUUUUGUUUUGCAAUGGACACUCAUGGACAUUUUACCCAAUUAAGUACCACUGACUGGAUUCAUCUCGCGAUCGCUAUUUCAUUAUAACGGUCCACCCACUUGAAGAUUUCUGGCCUCGCCACUGAUUGACAGACCAUCAAAAACCGGGAAAACGGGUACGUCUGCUCACCCUAAUAGACAUACACACAUGGAGACUUGUACUUUAUUUCCAUAUUUGAACAAUUGAGACUUUUGAGGGCGGUCUUAGAGAUUUUCAGAGGGAGGUGUUUGCCACCACCAUAUAAGUGAGUCCGAUAUGGCAGAAUGGAAACACACCGGCUUCAUCUUCAACAAGCAUGUCUUCUCUGGGUCAAGCUCUUUCUCGAAGCAGGUUAAGUCGACCUGAUGCGAUUCGGGCGCUGAAAUCUCCGCUCUACGAGUUGGAGGUGAGUGUCCUGGUCAUAUACACCGGCGGAACCAUUGGAAUGAAGGAUUCUGGAGGAGGUCUGAAACCAGAACCAAAUGCUCUUUAUAAGUUUCUUCACACACUCCCUAUUCUACAUGAUGAGCAGUACGCGGAAGAUACAAAACUGUAUGAGCGCUAUCCGGAGUUCACGCUGGUGCUGCCUCUGUCCAAACAGAAACCAAGGGUUGUGUAUACCAUUUUAGAGUACUCUCCCCUCCUCGACUCCUCUAAUAUGACCCCAGAUGACUGGGCCAAAAUUGGAAAAGAUAUUGAGAAAUACUACGAGCAAUACAAUGGUUUUGUCGUCCUGCACGGCACAGACACCAUGGCUUACACCGCUUCUGCUUUAUCCUUCAUGUGUGAGAAUCUGAGAAAGCCUGUCAUCGUCACUGGCUCACAGGUGCCUAUCUAUGAGUUGAGGAAUGAUGGGAGGGAUAACCUCCUGGGGGCGCUGUUGUUAGCAGGACAGUAUAUCAUCCCUGAGGUUUGCCUGUAUUUUUAUCAAAAGCUGUACAGGGGCAAUCGUGUCACCAAAGUGGACGCUGAAAGCUUUGACGCAUUUACCUCACCAAACCUGCGGCCAUUAGCCAGUCUUGAAGUCGACAUCAAAAUUGACUGGGACAUUGUGUUGCGACCUGAGACACUGGACAAAUUCACUGUCAGCACAGAAUUGAACAGUAAUGUGGGUGUCCUGCGACUAUUCCCAGGAAUCACUACUGAUACAGUCAAGGCCUUCUUGCAGCCUCCUAUGAACGGGAUCGUAUUGGAGACUUACGGCUGCGGUAACGCUCCCGAACGCCCGGACCUGCUGGAUGAGAUCAAAAAAGCAUCAGAUAGAGGAGUCAUCAUCAUCAACUGCACCCAGUGCCUCCGGGGCACAGUCAAAGCCACAUACGAAACUGGCCACAAACUGUAUGACGCCGGUGUGAUCGCUGGAGGUGAUAUGACCCCAGAAGCUGCACUUUCAAAACUCUCCUAUGUGCUGGCAAAAGACCUCAGUACAGAAGAGAAGAAGAAGAUGAUGAGUCAAAUUCUGCGUGGUGAGAUGACAGGUGACCUGGUCGGUCCAAAGCGUUCUCUCAGCGACAGUCGCUUUAUUCAGGUCAUCGCCAAGUCCCUCAGCAGCAGCUGUAAAGAGGAACUUGAUGCCAUAGGAGAUGCACUAACUCCCUCUCUGGCCUGUGCUGCUGCUAAGGUUGGAGACAUUGAAGCUUUGGAGGCCAUAAGGAAAAUGGGCUCUGACUUGAGCAUGGCAGACUAUGAUGGCCGCACUCCUCUCCACAUCGCUGCAUGUGAGGGUCAUCUGAAAGUGGUGGAGUAUCUGCUGAGUAAAGGGGCCACAGUCUACGCCAGAGAUCGCUUUGGUGAUACACCACUAUGCAGUGCUGUUUCCUUCAGGCACAAGGAUGUUGUGAAGUUGCUGAGGAAGACUGGAGCUCAUUUUUCCCGGGAUGAAAUGGUUGAUGCUGGAAUGAAGUUGCGCAGUCUUGCGGAAAGUGGCGACUUGGAAGGAUUGGAGAUUUUGCAGCUAGCUGGGGUUGAAGUGGCAAGGACCACUGGAUGUGAGUAGACUGUUGAGUUCUUACAACAGGCGGCUCAGUAUCAAACUCAGAAUGGCGAGUUUAUCAAGUUUACUGCUUCUCCAAGAUCUUGAGGAGGCCGUCCUGCUAGCUGUCACUUCCUGCCCUUAUCAUACAUUCACUUUCCUAUUUUUAGCAGACAUACAGUAGAUUUUCCUUACUUAGACAAUUAUACUCUUAAAGGGGUCAUAUGAUGCUUUUUUAAAAGUUCAUUAUUUUGAUUAUUGGGUGUAAUAAAAUAGGUUAAUAUGCUUUAAUGUUCAAAAAACACAUUAUUUCUCACAUGUUGCAGCUACUCUAUUCCCAGUCUGUCUGAAAUCGCUCAUUUCUACAAAGCCCCUCAUUCCGAAAAGCUUAGAGUGCUCUGAUUGGCCUAGUGCUUUGUGAUUGGCCAAACACCUCAAGCGUGUGUCGGAAAUGUAACGCCCCUCACCAUAAUUGCAAGCUUCAGAUUCCAAGGCUUCUAAAGAAUUUAUAAACACACAGUUAAUAAUAAUAUUGUCAGCUUUACCUUAUCAGUUCGGGCCCGAGUCAGAUUCAAUAGAAACCAAGAGAAAAAAUCUCUUUGUGAGAGAAUAUUUGCUUUAUAACUUUGCAGGCCGUAUACAUGCACAGAUACAUUUCACACUAAAGGGAAAACAUUAAAAAGCAUCAUUUGACCUCUUAAAACAAAGAGCACAAGUCAUACGUUUUUAGAUCCAUGCCUCUUAAACAGGCCAUCAGAUAUGAAUGUGUUGUGAUGUUGUAAAACAAUCAUACUGAAAGAUCUGAACAUACAGUUUUUAAAUUAUUUAAUUUUAUAAUCAUUUAUAAUCAUUAGACAUUUAUACACUCUUGUACAUUACCAUAAGAGUGUUGAUUUGUUUUGUGUGACACUUGACUGCUGUAAGGCCAUCAUCCAAUGCCAAUGUUAGACACACCCCCUCAACUGACGCUGGAAUGUGGUUUGACAGAGAAGAACUGUUCUUUUAAAGAGCAUGUAGAAGGGAAGCUUUUCAAGUUUUGAUCAUGAUCAUGAGGGUUUGCUUGCUUUUAAUCAAUCUAUGUAAUCAAAUGUUUUCAUAUAUGAUUAAGAGAGGGAAUGAAAGAACUGAAGAUUUUAAAUAAAUCAAUCAUACAUAGUUUAUAUAUGAUGUAAUUUUAUCUUCAUUUAUAAUAAUUAGUCAUCUAUAGGGAUGUUCUAACAGAAUGUCUCCAUUUCAAGGUUUUUAACAUCACAGACCGAUGUUGUGAAGCAGUAAUUUUCCAUUGUUUUCCCUUGGUAUAAUAAGAAUUGUACUGGCCAGAUGAAGUCUGAGCUUUGACAUACGCAACUAAGAUUAUUCAAUAAACCCUGCUUUUUAUUAUCAUCA